UUAAAUGUGAAAAUACUCAAAACAUAAAAGAAGAAAGUUCAACAAAAUAUCAAAUGGGUAUCCAAGAACGUGACCCGUUAACCCAACUAAGCUUACCACCGGGUUUCCGGUUUUACCCAACGGACGAAGAGCUGAUGGUUGAAUAUCUAUGCCGGAAAGCAGCCGGUCACGACUUCUCUCUUCAACUCAUCGCCGAGAUCGAUCUAUACAAAUUCGACGCGUGGGUUUUACCAAGUAAGGCGUUAUUCGGGGAAAAAGACUGGUAUUUCUUCAGCCCGAGAGAUAGGAAGUAUCCAAACGGGUCGAGACCUAACCGGUGUGCCGGGUCGGGCUACUGGAAAGCCACGGGAACGGAUAAGGCUAUAUCAACGGAGGGAAGAAGAGUGGGUGUCAAGAAAGCUUUGGUGUUUUACGUUGGAAAAGCACCAAAAGGUACCAAGACUAAUUGGAUCAUGCAUGAGUACCGUCUCAUCGAACCCUCUCGUAGAAAUGGAAGCACCAAGCUUGAUGAUUGGGUUUUAUGCCGAAUAUACAAGAAGCAAUCAAGCGCACAAAAGGAUGAUUACAAUAGUAAUUUAAUGACCAGAGAAUACAGCCAUAAUGGUUCGUCGACGUCAUAUUCGUCUCAUCAAUAUGAUGACGUUUUCGAAGAUAAAACCGGGUUUCUUAACUUAGCCAGGGAGCCAAGCUUUGACUGGGUGAAUUCUACUGGACACAACUCGGUUCCCGAACUCGGAUUGCGUCAUAACGUUCCAUGUCUCCGUUACGGUGGUGGCUAUCUUCACGGUGUGAAGACAAGCGGAGAAGGCAAUAAGACGCAUGAACAAGCUGAGGUGAUUCCUCGAUUUAAUAACUCGGGCGUAUUGUCUUAUGAUCAGGGAUCCAGUGUUGAUCCGGUAAACGGAUUCGGACACUCGGGUCAACAACCUAGUAGAUUCGGUUUUAUGUGACUGUGUGACGUAAUAAAAAAGUAAAGAUAGUUUAAUGUGAGUCAGAUUAAUUAAUCAGCUAAUAUAAUAUAGAAAAUUGGAAUUCUUUGGGGUUA